GAGAACUUCAUUUUAAUAUUGCAAACUAAAACAGGAUAAGUAGCACUCUGUACUUCAAAGAAGCGGAUAAAUAGCAAGUGAGACGGAUGGAAACACCAACAUUUUGGUACCAAACUAAAAUGGUAAAAACGAGUUUCUGACGAAAAUAGGACUACGAAAAGAAAAGAAAAGUGUCAUCAUAGCAAAGAAGAAAAUCUUAAAGGAGAAGAUAAAAAAAAUUCCUUCUUCUCAGAACAAGAAAUAGAUGAAGAUUCAGUGCGACGUUUGUGAGAAGGAAGAGGCAACUUUCUUCUGCUCGGCGGACGAAGCCGCCCUUUGCCAAGCCUGCGACGGCCACGUUCACGAAGCUAAUAUCCUCGCCGGAAAACACCACCGCUUCACCCUUCUCUACCACGCCCACCACCUCCGUCCUCCGUCGCAGCAGGUCUGCGACAUUUGCAAGGACAAACGGGCAUUGCUGUUCUGCAGAGAAGAGCGGGCAAUCCUCUGCGGCGGCUGUGAUCUGCGUAUCCACACCGCCAAUGAGCGAACCCAGAAACACAGCCGGUUUCUUUUGACCGGAAUCAAGCUCUCUGCUUCUAAUGCAUCUCCGGCGACCACCGGAGAUCACCCGGACGCUGCUACGAGAUCGUCAGCGUCGGAUGUGGUUGUGUCGGAGGUGGAUCAAAGCGGCGAGGGAUCGGUGGUUUCCGGCGGAGGUAGUAGCAUAUCGGAGUACCUGCUUGAGGCUAUCCCCGGAUGGCACGUUCAAGAUUUUCUUGAAUAUGAAUUCUAGUUGAUGGGCUAACUGCAAAUUUAAUUAAGGUAAUAUCAUGCAAGUACGUCAAGAAUCACAAGAGGCAUGGGUUGUCAUCAUUAAAUGCUUUUUUGGACAGCGACACAAUUAAGGUGGUAGCAAUUCCAUCUACAAGAUUCAUUCCAGAUUUCCAUCUUCAAUCAUAUGAUGCAUGCACUAUGAUGGGAUGCACUAUGAUGUAAUGUACUCCCUCCGUCCCAAAAUUAUCUUCAUAGUUACUAUUCACAUGGUCAACUCAAAUUACUCUUAAUCUUUUACUUUAUAUAUCAAAUUUUUGUCAAACUUAAAUUUUCUUGAUCAGGCUUUGUAGCGGUUUUAAUGUAGUUUCUGAAUAUGUAAAUUUUAUUUACUAAAAAUAAUCCGAGUGUGAACAGGGAUCGAGUUGCUUUAUCGUCAGUCAAGCAUCGUAAACCGAACUAUGAAGAUAAAUAUGGGACGGAGGUAGUAAUUUUUUCUUUAUUUUUUGUUAGUGUGAACAUUUUCGUUUUUCCAAUAUGAAGUGUUCCACUUUCUUCAAGUGUAUAAUCACUAAUCAGCUCACUUGAACUGUAAGUCUAGAUCAGUUCCUACAAGUCCAAGAGCGGUUAAAGGUUCCGUAAUGGAUCCGACGUCUCUGUCUAGCUUGCUUUGACAAUAAAAAACCAAUUGUAGAAAAUGAUCGAAGGAGUUUACUUUUUUCGCGAAUCUUAAUAUCCUCCUUUCGAUCUUUUUCAUUGGUGAGCGCAAGGCACUCUCUUUAAGGUGUAGCAUCCCAAACAUUGGCGGAGCCAGAAAUGACAGGUUAGAGAGGCCGGCUUAAAGAAUUUAUUUUGAAGGAACCAAAACUUAGAAUUUCACUACAUUUUUUAGUGCUUAUUAUUAUUAUUAUUAUACAUACAUAUAUACAUAAGAAUUUUUUUCUUGUGGGGCCGAGGUCCCCGCCAGCCUCUCCGGUUUCCACAAUCCCCCCCCCCCCGCAAUUUGGACUGUGCUUAAUUUUACUCCAAAUCAGGAGCCAAUGUACGUUGUGAGCUAGCAGUGCAAUAGGCAAUAGCACAUUUUUUGCACCAUAUACCUACGCGCGGUGUUGUAAGUUUAAAGUUUGUAACAAUAUAAUGCUACACC